GGAAGUUACUCUAUGACGUCACGUAAACAGGAAAGACGCGGCCAGUUCAACGCCGGAGAAGCUAAACCAAGCAAGACCUCAGCGUUGAAAAACAGUAACUUAAUAAAAAAAGAAAAAUAAUAUUUCACGGUAUGUCGCGCGACUUGUUCACUAUUCGUCUGAACUGUCACCCCCGUUAUAAACGCUCGUGUCACCAUGACAACCUACUCGAUAUUAAAGCUAACUCCCUUGUUUGCUGGUGACUUAACGUUACGUUUGUGGCUCGAGAGUUUUUGUUUGAAUCGUAGUCUCCGCGUGUUAUGGAAGAAAAGGAAAUAAGUCUCAUCGACAAGAAUAUUUCCAGCUUGCUGGAGGUUCCCCUGCGUCCCACCGUCACAUCACUCAACCUGCACUGCAAUCGCAUCCCGAGGAUCGAGGGCCUGCAGUUGGCGUGGCUCCUGAGACACCUGGACCUCUCCUCCAACUGCAUCGCUAAGAUUGAGGGUCUCGCUACUCUCACUGCCCUGAGGACUUUGAAUUUAUCCUGCAAUGCCAUAGCCAAGGUUGAGGGACUGAACGGCCUUGUGAAUUUAACAAGGUUAGACUUGUCCUUCAAUCAGAUAAAUGACCUCAGCGGCCUGCUGCAGCUCCACGGCCCCGCACGCGAGCUCAAGCACCUCAGUCUCCAUAGCAACCGCCUGGACAGCAUCGAGCACCUCCUGCAGUGCCUGCUGGGAUUGCAGGGGUUGAGAGAGGUUCUUUUGAGGCACGGCGGCAAGGGCAACCCGCUGUGUGUGACGCCAGGUUACCGUGAUAUUGUGAUGCAGUCGCUGUCACAAGUGUCGGUUCUGGAUGGCCUGGAUCGUUUGGGACAGCCGUCAUUUUCCCUGACUGACAGCCCGUGUGACAUUCCCGGGCUGGAGAACUAUGUGGACCUCCUCCUCCUCUCAGAUGCCGACCAUAAUGAAGUGGACGCUCUUCUGACCACACCCAGCAUCAGGGAAGUUCUGACGCACUUCGGACAGAGCGUCGCCCCUGAAACCUUCGGAGCGCCUGACAGGCAGCGCGUCCAGCAGCAGCAGCAGCAGCAGCAGGUCCACUCCGCCGAUGUCGACCGAACACUAUCUGUUAACGAAGAGCGGGUUAAGAAACUGGAGCAGCAGGUGUCCCGCCUUGUGCAGCAGGCUUCUGCAAAGCACAAGUCCAGUCAACCUAGUGACUCUGCGGUAAAAGCACGGAAGGCCGUGAAUGACGCAGACCGCACGUCGGAGAGCGAGUGCGACAGCGGCAAGGAAAACGGAGCUCGCUCCGCCAUCCCAAAAUAUCGUAAGAUCGCACCGAUGAGGACGAACAAGAAAUCAGACAGCGAUCAGGAGAAUCCUAAACAGGGGGUGACAAAGCCUGCUGUCAGGUGGUCUUCAGCCACCACCAAAAGGGGUGUCGACGCUCCGGGUCUGCAGACGAGGGUCUCGCUGAGAGCCGGCAAGGAGCCGAUCCAUGCGAAAUGCAAGUCCAGCGAGGAGGAAACCUACAAGGCUAUUGUGGAGGAGCGGGACCAGGAGAGGGAGAGGCGCUGGAAGGCCGAGCAGGCUGUCACCAAGCUGACGGACGAGCUCAAGUGCCUGAAGACCAAGGUCAGCGAGGAGAAAGACCUGCAGAGCAUGGCCAUGCACACCACCGACAGGCUUAAAGAUUUGCUGCUGAAGGAGCGGUCGGGACGCAGCGAGCUGGAGACGCGCGUGGAGCAGCUGGACGGGAGGUGCCGCUCGCUGAGCCAGCAGCUGGAACAAACGCGCGGCAGCGAGCAGCGUCACAAGCACGCGCUGCAGCGACUGGGGGAGGACGUCGCCCGUGGGGAAGCUCUGCGGGCUCGCCAGCAGGCCCAGGAGAUGAAGCGCCAGCGGGAGCUGGAGAACAAGCUGGCAGCUCUUAAGCGCGAGUUGGAUGUCCAGAGAGCCAAAGUGCAGCAGUUGCACGAACUGCUGGCAUGCCGGGAACAAGAGCACAGAAAGCAGCUAGAGAUGCGGCGACAGCCGGGCGAGACGGAUUCCCUGGCGGCGGUGGCGAGAGAAGUGGCAUCCGACAGGCAAGCUCACAGUCGGAGGGAGUCUGAGCUGAAGGACAAGGUGGAGGAGGGCAAGAAAGCGUACGCCGCCCUGGAGGACGAAUUCCGCAUGGCGCUCACCAUCGAGGCUGCGCGCUUCUCUGAGGUGAAGAAGGCGUGCGAUCAAAUGACGGCAGAGUUGCCGGAGCUUCGAGCGACGCUGGCUCAGUCACAGCAGACGGAGAAGAAAUCCGCUUCCCUGGUGCAGGAGCUCACAGCGCUGGUUAAGGAGCAGAAGAACCGCAUCUCAGAGCUCGUCAAAGCCAAGAAAGACGCUUUGAGCGAGUUCAAGAGGCGCGCUCAGGCUCUGGAGGCCGAGCUGGAUCGGGACCGCCGUAUGCGCCUUCAGCUGGAGGCGCUCAGGAAGGACAAAGCGCGACUGUCGUCCCACCUCGGCGCGCAGGAGUCUGUCAUCGACGGCCUCAGGGCAGAGAGGAAGCUUUGGGGGCAGGAGCUCGCUCACCAAGGAGCAUCUCUGGCUCAGGAAAGUGGACGCCGAGAGGCCAGGAUUGAAGCGCUGGACGCUGAGGUCGAGGCACAGAAGAAGCAGAUUGAGAAGGACAGCGACGCCCUAAAAAUCAAAAGCAAAAUCAUGGAGGAUCAAACGGAAACCAUUCGCAAACUCAAAGAGACCCUGCAGGAGCGCGACGAGCAGGCCCGCAGGCUACGCGACGACAAGGCCCAGGCCGAGAAGACGUUCCAGCGGCAGCUCGAGGAGGAGACGUCUCGGCUGUCCGAGCUGAGGGAACGCGUGGAACACCUCGGCGUGCGCAAGGAGGAGCUGAAGCGGCAGUUGGAGGACAAGGAGGCCGAGGUUGACGAAGUCAAACAAGUUCACAGCGAGUCCAGUAAAAAGUGGCAGGAGAAGGCUCAGCUGCUCACUCAACUAGAGAGCCAAGUGAAGCGCAUGAAGGACACCUUUGACAGCAAGGAACGCUCGAUCCUGGAAGAGAAAGAGCAAGUGACCCUGGCGCACAGAGCGGCGGUGGAGAAGCUGCGCUGCAUGGACGACGCUGUUCGCACGCAGCUGGAGUCUCUCCAGGCUACCCAUCAGGCUGAGCUGCUUCAGCUGGCUCGUGACAAGCACGAUCGGAUCGAAGAGGCCAAUCGGAAGGUAUUCGAAGUGGAGGAGGAGAUGCGUCAGCUGCUGCUCGAGGUGGAAGCCAACAAGAGGAUUACAGAAGAGAAAAUGAAACGGCUUACCAGUGCACUAAACGAUUUUAACUGCUGAAAUGUCAUGGUGCAAAUACGGUAAUGUGUGGGUUAAAAAAUAUAUAUUUUUUUUCUUUUUAAUCCAGUUUUGAUUCAUUAAAUUAUUUUUUAAUAAUU